AUGUGUAUGUCAUCAUCAGGACGUCCGAUCAUCGACUCUCCGAGUAUAGCGCAAGAUCUGAUCAUCGCCUGUUCGAGUGUACCGCCAGGUCUGAUCAUCGCCUGUUCGAGUAUACCGCCAGAUCUAAUCAUCGCCUGUUUGAGAAUACCGUCAGGUCUGAUCAUCGCCUGUCCGAGUAUACCGUUAGGUCUGCUCAUCGCCUGUUCGAGUUUACCGCCAGGUCUGAUCAUCGCCUGUCCGAGUAUACCGUUAGGUCUGAUCAUCGCCUGUUCGAGUAUACCGCCAGGUCUGGUCAUCGUGUGUCCGAGUAUACCGUCAGGUCCGAUCAUCACCUGUCCGAGUAUACCGUCAGGUCCGGACAUCGACUCUCCGAGUAUACCGCCAGAUCUGAUCAUCGGUUGUCCGAGUAUACCGUCAGGUCCGGACAUCGACUCUCCGAGUAUAACGCCAGGUCUGGUCAUCGGUUGUCCGAGUAUACCGUUAGGUCUGCUCAUCGCCUGUUCGAGUAUACCGCCAGGUCUGAUCAUCGCCUGUCCUAGUAUACCGCCAGGUCUGAUCAUCGCCUGUUCGAGUAUACCGUUAGGUCUGAUCAUCGCCUGUUCGAGUAUACCGCCAGGUCUGAUCAUCGCCUGUCCGAGUAUACCGUUAGGUCUGAUCAUCGCCUGUUCGAGUAUACCGCCAUGUCUGGUCAUCCUGUGUCCGAGUAUACCGUCAGGUCCGAUCAUCGCCUGUCCGAGUAUACCUUCAGGUCCGAUCAUCGCCUGUUCGAGUAUACCGCCAGGUCUGAUCAUCGCCUGUCCGAGUAUAGCGCAAGAUCUGAUCAUCGGUUGUCCGAGUAUACCGCCAGGUCUGGUCAUUGGUUGUCCGAGUAUACAGCCAGGUCUGAUCAACGCCUCUCCGAGUGUACCGUCAGAUCUGAUCAUCGGUUGUCCGAUCAUACAGCCAGGUCUGCUCAUCGCCUGUCUGAGUAUACCGCCAGGUCCGAUCAUCGCCUGUCCGAGUAUUCCGCCAGGUCUGAUUAUCGCUUGUCCGAUAAUACCGUCAGAUCUGAUCAUCGCCUCUCCGAGUAUACCGUCAGGUCUGGUCAUUGUCUGUUCGAGUGUACCGCCAGGUCUGGUCAUCGGUUGUCCGAGUAUACCGUCAGGUCUGGUCAUUGUCUGUUCGAGUGUACCGCCAGGUCUGGUCAUCGGUUGUCCGAGUAUACCGUCAGGUCUGGUCAUUGUCUGUUCGAGUGUACCGCCAGGUCUGGUCAUCGGUUGUCCGAGUAUACCGCCAGGUCUGAUCAUCGCCUGUCCGAGUAUACGGUCAGGUCCGAUCAUCGGUUGUCGGAGUAUACCGCCAGGUCUGAUCAUCGCCUGUCCGAGUAUACCGCCAGGUCUGAUCAUCGGUUGUCCAAGUAUACCGUUAGGUCUGAUCAUCGCCUAUCCGAGUAUACGGUCAGGUCCGAUCAUCGGUUGUCGGAGUAUACCGCCAGGUCUAAUCAUCGCCUGUCCGAGUAUACGGUCAGGUCCGAUCAUCGGUUGUCGGAGUAUACCGCCAGGUCUGAUCAUCGCCUGUCCGAAUAUACCGCCAGGUCUGAUCAUCGCCUGUCCGAGUAUACCGCCAGGUCUAGUCAUCGUUUGUCCGAGUAUACCGCCAGGUCUUAUCAUCACCUGUCCGUGCAUACCGCCAGGUCUGAUCAUCGGUUGUCCAAGUGUACCACCAGGACCGAUCAUUUCCUAUCCGAGUAUGCCGCCAGGUCUGAUCAUCGCCUGUCCGAGUACACCGCCAGGUCUGGUCAUUGCAUGUCCGAGUAUACCGCCAGGUCUGGUCAUCGGUUGUCCGAGUAUAUCGCCAGGUCUGAUCAUCGCUUGUUCUCUGCCUAUGUGCCUGGUCUUAUCAUCACCUGUCCGAGUAUACCGCCAGGUCUGGUCAUCGGUUGUCCGAGUAUACCGCCAGGUCUGGUCAUCGGUUGUCCGAGUAUACCGCCAGGUCUGA